GUGGGAGUUGUCGGGAGCUUUAGGCGGGUUUCUGCGACCGGGAGGCUGGGACAGGCGGGAGAGUCGGCUUCUCUGGGGGGACACCCCCGGUGCUCGCCAUGUUGCUGCCCUCCGACGUGGCUCGCCUGGUGCUAGGGUAUUUACAGCAGGAAAAACUUUUAAGCACAUGCCGAACAUUUAUAUUGGAAAGCUCAGAUUUAAAAGAAUAUGCAGAACACUGUACAGGGGAUGGCUUCGUUCCAGCUUGUUUAUUGUCUCUGUUUGGGAAAAACUUGACCACUAUCCUGAAUGAGUACAUAGCAAUGAAAACAAAAGAAACUGCGCAUGACGUUCCUGCAAUGAUGUCAUCCUUGUGGAAGAAGUUAGACUAUACCCUGUCUCAGAUCAGGAGCAUGCAGAAUUCUAGUGCAUUUUCUGCUCACCAAAGGGGCCGCACAAGAAGCGCAAUUGCAGAUCUGAAGAAGCAGAAGUGUCUCCAGUCAUCAGCCUCUUCCAGUUUGGGGCCGCCAUGUCUUGUGCUUCAACCAGGACAGCUGAGCUCCAUUCCAAUGACAGCCACGCAAGUUAUUCUUAAGCCAGUGGCAACUCCAAAUCAGGCUGAGACCAGUUCAGGCCCUGCAUCUGCACACCAGCCCCAAGCCCAAGGAAUCUGUAUUAACACAGGAGAUUCUCUCAGCUUAGUUUCUGCAGCAGUUCAAGAGCGGAAGCUUCACUCAAGUACGAUGUCUCCAGGAAAACGGAAAAAUGACUCCCAAAAGAAAAAAGCCGUGUCCUCUGGAUCACAGUCGUCGAACAGUAGCUCAGAGGAUUCUCCCACAGUGGAAGAAGAAAGUUCACCCAUGGAAGAAGAAAGUGAGCCACUUGAAGGACUUAUAGAGGGCAAUUUUCCUCAAAUGGUUAUUCAAAAUGCCAGGGAGAAAAUUCUGAGAAACAAAUGUCUUCAGGAGAAGCUGGCUGAAAACAUUAACAAAUUCUUGGGCAGCGAUGGCACUGUUUCUCAGGCUCCGAAGCAACCAGAGAGCAGCCUUACAAUACAGGAGUCUUCAAUUGAUGAGUUCCUUGCUCUCCAACAGGGUGAGAUUCACAUGACUGAGGAAGCCAUCCAGGAAAUUCUGGAGCAAACAGAGUCGGAUCCAGCAUUUCAUGGACUCUUUGAUAUGUUCGAUUUUGGUAAAACCAAAGGUAGCAAAAAUGCUUCUGCUGGUGUUUUUGUUCAGGGUGGAGGGGAAGAGAAUGCCAUGUUGGUGGACGAAGAAAACCUCCAAGCACUAGAAAGUUAUAUUGGAACCAAAGCAAUUAGUGAUGAUCCUCAAGAGAGAUUGUCCUACACAGGAGAUCUACCCAAAGAAGCAACUUGUACCCUGAAGGAGGGUGGCAGUGAUGUAAUCUUGGAAGAACAUUUGAAGAUGCAAAGCAUAAUAGGUGGAGAAUUUCAAGGAGUCUCUGAAGUUGGGACCGAAACGCAUUCAGAUGAAACCAGGUUGCACAGCCAACAGCUCCAGCAUAAAAUGGCCUUUGAAUCUGAACCAGACCAUGUUUGUGCUUCGGAGUUAAAUGGAAACAAUUCAAGUUCUUACCCAAACCCAGAAACAACAGUAUGCGGACUAGAUCCAGAAUCUGAAACCAGUCUGUUGCCUCCGGGUGGCCAAAACUUUCUUGAGUUGCAGUAUGAUCAGUUGGAUGCUCAACAGAAGUCCCUCUCAGAAAGAGCUGAGUGUUGUUCCUUUCCUGAUAAUAUAUUAUCUGAGAAGGCAAACGCAAAACCACUCUCUCCUCUAAAUUCUGGUCACAGUGAGAUGCUGGACGGAAGAAAUGUAGCUGACUCUCACCCUCUGGAAGAGUCAGAUAAAACUGUGAAGCAGGUAGCCCAAGAAUCUCCCUUGUUUUCUGCUGCCAGCCAACAAAAUCCUACCAGUCCCACUCUUUCUAACUUGCAAGAUCAGAAUAAAUUGACGUUAGAUUCCACCACAGUGCCUUCGGUCAGUUCACCAGAUCCAGCUGCAGCAGAGCUCCAACUUGAAGUUGUCGCCACUUCCGACAGUUUACAUUCCGAGGAUCAGCUUGUGCUUGAAGAGUCUUGUUCAAAACACCCAAACCAGGAAUCAGCGGAUUCUGAGACGAUGCUGGCAGAAGUGCAGGAGCCGUCGUCUCCUACAAAACCAGGUGCUGAUAGCUUAUUUCUGCCUUCUGACAAUGAGAGGCAGACAGAGACACCUGUGGAAAGCAAUCCCGCCACAUCCGCCGCUUGCUGCUCUCCUCCUCCAGAGCCAGCUGGAGAAUCCAGUCCGGGGACCAAAGCGGCAGGCAGCCUUUCGUCUGGUAGUCAAGCCACUGACGAAGACCCCUCCAGUAUCGUUUCCCUAAAAAUCAUCAUCAGCGACGACCCCUUCAUUUCAUCAGACGCUGAGCUGAGCAAUGCCGUUUCCAGCAUCACUGGGGAGAAUUUGCCAACUAUCAUAUUGUCCUCUCCGGCCAAGUCACCGACCAGUGGGGUGGGACCAGCCAGGUGCUUAGUAACUUCGGAAGAGAUUGAAAGGACGGGGGAUUCGGGUUUGGUAGAACAGAAUCUUCUCAUCGUAAGAGGCCAAGAUUCUGUUGUGAGCACGCUCAAUGUGCAGAACGAAGAGUGUGCAGUGUUUUCCGUCGCUGGGACAUGCAGCGUUGCAAAGGAGGGGGGAUUUAUACAGCUCAUGCCAGGCACAACCACAUCUUUCGGCAACUGCGGCAACGUCUACAUCACCACCUGUGUGACUGAGCCAACAGCAUUGAGUUCAAAUGUUACUCCGUCGAAUUUAGUCAUGUUGCCAGGAGGUUCGACAUCCCUCACGUCGCAAGUCCCAGCGGUGCAGCAGUUACGGACGCCUCCCAGAACGAACAGCUUGUUUGCCAUGAACCCGCCAUUGUCUCCAAAUUUUUCACAGGGUUCUGCCAUUAUAAUCGCCUCUCCGGUACAGCCUGUGUUGCAAGGAAUGGUGGGAAUGAUUCCUGUAUCUAUAAUGGGACAGAGUGGAAAUGCAUUCUCGGAUCCUUCCCGACAGGUCCUGCACAUGCCCGUACAGACUUCUCUAUGCGGUGGUGGAGUUCCGAAAUUACCUCUCCCUCCCAAAUCUCAGAAGCUCCCAAGAAGCAAGUUAAAUGCUGGAAAGCUAAAGAUGGAUCAGAAUGGGUCAGAUCCUGUAAAUCGUCGUGUGCAAAGGAUUGGGAACUGUGCCAACUUAAGAAAGAAGCUAGAGGCUGUUGCUGUUGACACAACCAGCUGCAACCCCAAGCAAAGCGAAAGCCACAGAAGAGUGCUUUGCUUCGACAGCAGUCCGGGUGGUGCAGGAGGAAGCCUGCCAGCUCCACAGAAAGAAAGGAACGAAAACGCUUCCCUCUCUGGGGAUUCUCUCAGCGGGGUGCCUCCCUCCACCAAAACUCAGCCCAGCAAAAGGGAGCGCGAGAGGAUGUUGCCUAGGAUUUUGUGUAAGCCGGACAUCACGAACAGAAACGCGACCGUGAGAGAAGCCCAGUUGGAGCGGAAGGCUUUAGGGCCGGGGCUGGCGUCCGACGUGCUGAGAAAGCAGACGGCAAACAAAGAAAACGAGCUGGAAAGAGGAGUUGACGAAAUAAGUCCUAAUCACGAAGGGACUUCUCUGUCAAACGGCCCUCCAAGCAUCAGCCUUCAUAUCGAGAAGAACUGCUCCCCAGCACAAGAACCGAAUAAAAAGCAAGGGCUCCAGCUGAACGCAAACAGCAAAAAUUCCGGAGUUCUGACUUCCAAGGAGGCUAAGAAGGACCAGACAAAAUCUCAUGGCCAAACCCACUGCUUGACCAGCCCGUUAACCAAACAGGCUGUGGAGAUGCUUCAUGACAUUCAGAGGCAGAGUCCUGCUGCUAAACUACCGGAAAAUGGGGAUUUGCCAGUACCCCGUACCCCCUCCGGGACUGGAGAUAGACACUCCGAGGACACCUUUGAUAUAAUAAAGACACCCACGUGUAAACGGUACAGUGAGGAUAGUACAACACCCAGGAUCAUGGUCCCUCCAGCUACCCCUGACCUGCCCGCCUGUAGCCCAGCUAGCGAGACCAGCAGCGAAAACAGUGUUAGCAUGGCUGCUCACACUUUAAUGAUACUUUCUCGAGCAGCUAUUGCCAGGACGAGUACAAAUACACCCCUCAAAGACAAUUCCCAACAGUUUAGGCCUCUGAGAAGCUCAGCCAAAAAAAGGAAACAGGAAGACACCGUAGAGUGUGAGAGAAAUUCCUGGACUGCCAGCAAAAAGGACCUUCAGAACUUCACAGUGCCGAUAAAAAAGAAGAAAGUAAAGCAGAAAAAGCUGCCAAUUUCCUUUCCCGCUGGAAUGGAUGUGGACAAAUUCUUAUUAUCGUUGCAUUAUGAUGAAUAAAGAACUGUCUGGAUUUCAGAUCAUGUUGCUCUCUGGUGAGCUUAAGGAGAGCAAAUUGUGUGCUGCACCCUUGGAAAACUGAAGUUUUCACUUGAUAAAAGAAAAUCCACUGGUUCUGAAGGAAGUUGCUAUUUUUCAAUGGAAUUUCAACCUGGUAAACAUUCUUUGGAGACAGCACUUAACACGGAGACCCUCUUCUAAGUUUGCACAGGUGUAUUUGGUUACUGUAAAUAUUGUACAGAUGUUGACAUUAAAAAAAAUUAUUUUAUUAGCAGCAGACAGUGGCCAUGUUCUGCUAGAUCUACAUACAUAUUUAUCUGUUUAAACUGGUCCCAUAGGGAUGAGCGUUCCUGCUCUUAAACUUGCUUUAAAGUUGAUGCCACUGAACUCAAUGCCAUUUGCUUCCAAGGUGUUAAUACUUGAGAUCACAGAAUCUGUGGAUUUAGUUGGGGGAAAGUCAGUGGUUGCCUCCAGUCUUCAAUGGAUAACUAAACUACAGAAAUGAAAAUUCAACUACCUUUGUAGGGAGUUUAUUUUUUCUGUUCUACAUAUCUAGUUACAAAUGUUACAAUAAAAACUUUCAACUUUCUGAUAACA